AUAAUUGAAACAAUAGAAUAAUAAUAGCCUCGAGUUCUCUAUAAUUGUCCUGUGAUAUCGCGUAAACGUUCUCGUUACAGAAUUUCUCGUUUUUUUUUAUUGAUCCGAACGGAUUACGGCAGCCUGUGUUUCACACAGCAAUCGUAGUAUAACAACAAGAACGUAAAUGGCAGACACACCUGCUGAAACAAAGUCUAAAACGAAACCAACCAAGAAACCAAAGGAGACUCCAGCGGAACCUCCUGCAUUGAAAAAAAGGCCCUUCAAAAGGCAUGGGCGUCUUUAUGCUAAAGCCAUUUUUACAGGCUAUAAGCGUGGACUUCGCAAUCAACAUGAACACACAGCGCUGCUUAAAGUUGACGGAGCAAAAAGCAUACGUGACUCGGACUUUUAUGUAGGAAAACGAUGCGUUUAUGUAUAUAAGGCAAAGAAUAAGACACCUGUUCCCGGCAAGAAGGGAAGGAAAACAAAAGUUAGGGCUAUCUGGGGCAAAGUAACUCGACCUCAUGGUACCAGUGGUUCAGUACGGGCUAAAUUUAAGAGAAAUCUGCCGGCUAAAGCUAUGGGCCACCGUAUCAGAAUUAUGUUGUAUCCCAGUCGGAUAUAAAUAUUUCUUGUAUAAAAUAAGCAAAUAAAUAACCACUUUGGUACUAAAUAAAAUAAUUUUAUUUUC